CUAAUCCUUUUCCCUUUUUUUAUAUACAGGCACUAUGCAGACUAUGUCUGGAAAAGGGGAAAUCUUUUCACCCGCUGAAAUAUUGAAUAAGUCAUGUGUGAAAGUCGGGUAUAUUACACAAGGUGCCGUGAUCGGAAAUAUCUCUAUUAUUUCAAAUAAACUGGAUUCUGAUGGUAAAGUUACACGUUCUGUUGAAUGGAGCGAAACAUUUUUCAAUGAAAAAGAUGGAAUCUAUGAAGGACAAUUUCAGUAUAACGGAGGAAAUACUUUCUUGAAGAUCGAAACAAAUAUCGAGUCUGGAAGCUUAUCAUUUGAUUACAUCACAGUUUCUAAAGGAGACUGUUCUGCAUUGAAUUGUCCAGGAAAUACCUUUAUGUGUACCGACAAGACCAAAUGUAUUCAACAAAAAGACAGAUGUAACAAUCAUUGGAAUUGUAAAGACGGCAGCGAUGAAAAUGCAUGUUUAAAUACCUUCAAUUGUACUUUUGAGGAUAAAAAUAUGUGCGGUUUUAAAAGUUCCCCGGAGUAUUGUUUGGAACUUGAUUUCGGAGUAAGAUCUAAGAAUCCGAGUCGCGAUCACUCAAAAGGAACAGUUUAUGGCCAAUAUAUAAGACUCAACUGCAAUAAUGAAAGCCGAAUAAUAUUACCUAAAAUAACCAUGGGAACUACGUUCUGUUUGGACUUUUAUUAUAUAUUCUCCGGAUAUGGUAAUCUGUCAGUCUAUAACAAUAAUACUUUGCUAAUGAAACUUCCAAAAUUUGAUGCUGAAAUCUGGAUGAAUGUCAAUCUUACACUAUCUAAGGGAGUUCACAAUAUUUCCCUUGUAUACUCAGGUGGAAACCUAACUACACUGGCUUUCGAUAGUGUGGUAACAAAACAAGGCAAAUGUCCAGCAAAAGGCUGUCCAGAAAAUUGGUAUCCUUGUAACGACAACAAUACAUGUUACCCUUACACUCAAAAAUGUGAUGGAAUAAUCAAUUGUCCUAAUGGAGAAGAUGAAAAAGGCUGUGCCAGUAACAAAACAAAAUAUAAAUUGACUGGUGGUCGAGAUUUGUGGUCCGGAAAAUUGAAAAUGCUUAGUGGAUCGGAAUACUUGCCAGUAUGUGCCUACAGCAUCAGUAGCUUUACAUUGGACACGGUCUGCUCCCAGCUUGGUUUGAAGUAAAUAAUUUAUUCAUUUCUUACCA